CCUCCAUUCGUCCGUAGACCGCCGCUUCGGUCAGAUCUUGGUUUUGUGUGCGUCGUCGUCGUCGUCACUCGUUUCGCUUUACAAAACGACUGUAGUUUGCUUAACCCUUCUGCUGUCCAGAAGUUCGCGUCCGGAAAUCCCGGGAGAAAGAGCAACGCGUAAGUGAGUGUGAACUUUGCGCGAUCGUCUUCGCUGCGGCCGCACAACAACGGGUUCGUCGCUAUCGGCUCAAGUUCCCGUUUCUUUUUUUUUCUUUUUUUUUUUUGGGAAAUUUCUGUUCGCCUCCGGGUUGGUGAACGCGGGCCGCUUGUGGACGGAAUUGAGCCCGCGCGCGCGUGUGUGUGUUAACGUUUAUCACUGCUGUGCGCUUUCGAGUGUGACUUUUACUCGAGUCGUGGUUGAUUGUGUUUUUGAUCGGGUGAAGUUUCGUCGAGCUUCAGCGAAUUUAGUCUUUGGGUUCUGCAAUUAGCAUAGAUUAUCGAAGCAGGCUUGAAGACGUUCAGAAGUUUGAAUUAGGGUGAACUACUGUGGUGUUGAACAAGUUUUUUUCGCGAGUUGGCGAAAAGGCAGAAGACGUGCGGAGGUUGAAUCAAUUGGGAUUCACUUGGUGUCUAGGAGUUCUACUUUCCGAGCAGUUGUUUCAAUUUCGUGAGGUGGACCAACUGGAUUUGAUUGUGCGUUCGCACCGUGGGACACGAUUGUAUUGUGUGAAAUUUGAGUAAGAAGAAAGUGGAACCAUAACGGUUCGAUCGUGUUCUGAUUUCGCAAUUUUUAACCCAGCGUUUGUCAACGGCGGUGGCUUUUGGUACCUACAGGUAGUGUAACAGCCGAAUAACAUGAACAACGAAUUUCCUCCCGUACAAGUGGAUUACGGUGUAGUGUAUUGUGUUGACAUCGGAUGGUGAGUGCCAGUGUCGAUAGAUUGUAAUUGAAAGAUUUGCGAAGCUGUUGGUGUCAGCUUUGGUCACGCUCUAUAACGCCCGGAACGUAGCCAUACGACUGGAACGAAUUGGCCAACGUUGUAACCAAGUGUCCGUUUUCUCAUCUGUAACGGAUUGGAUCGAUCGAAACAGCCUGUUGACAUAACCUAUUUCUACACAAGCAGCUGUCGCAGCUAGUGGUGCAAAUGAGAGGAAAGCUAACUAGAUUGAAGUGUGCAAGAAAAAAUAGUAAAGCAGCAAAGCCCUAAGAGGAUUAUAAUCGAAUCAAAUACGCUCUUCCGCCCAACAGAAAAGUGGAGCGAAAAAUCCGUUUUCUGCCCAAGACGUUCGAGCCGUAGCAUUACUCCGUUGGAAAUAAAGUAAAGUGCAGUGUGACUACAAUUACUAACCAUCUUGUAAAGUUUGCAAAGUUGAAAAAGUUUAAAAGUGAUCAAGUGACCAGCGAAGAAGGAGAUUGAAACAAGAAAAAGUGAAAAAAGGUUUUUUGUUGGUGCGUAAAAAAGAAGUGGAUUAACGAAAAAAGCAAUAAACGUCCCCUUCGUCGUCACCGCCAUUCGACGGCCCCAAAAACAUCGCUUGCUGAUUUGGAUUAAACUUUCUGUGGUUGCAGCUAGAGAACAAAACUGCUGACAGACUUCUCCGGGUGUGACAAAAACAAAUAAAGGUAACGGACCAACCAAUCAAGAAAUCAUCACGUCAACACAUAAUUAAACAGUUGCCGUAAACACACGUCAAACGGACUCUUCCAUCGGUUCUUCAAGGUUAAUGGGAUAAAAGAGAAUCGGCUUCAACUGCGGAUGAAUGUGGUGGGAUCAUAAAGAGAAUGAUUCCGCCUGAUGGCGAAAGUUAGCCAUCUUCCAAUGAGACGCUACCAAACGGAUCACCAUCAGCCGAGCACCGGGACCAAUGUAGACGCCAUCAAUUUCUAUCCACCGGCUAACGCCAGUCAUCGGACGUCAUCGGACAAGAGCAAACGAACGUGGGGUCAACGCUUCAAACUCAGCAAAGCGUCAUCCGACCAACCUUCCAGCUUCAUCUCAAACACUGGUAGUUCAGCCUCGAGUUCGCUUACUGCCGUCAGUUUGCCGGUUACACCAACUUGCUCAUCACCAUCCCAUGACGUGCUGGAUUAUUCCAGCCUACAACACCAGCAUCUGCAGCAGCAGCAGCAACACCACCAACAACAGCAGCAGCAGCACCUACGCUACGUCCACUCCAUUUCCAAUGUCCCCCUGUUGUCCGGAGCUGUAACCCACUCGAUGAAGUAUGUUGAAUCGAACUGGAUGUACGGUACGAUGCGUGGAAUGCCGCCCCCGAUGGGGCCGAUGCACCCCCACCACAUACCCCACCAGCAGCAACAUCCGGGACUCAUCCAUCCGAUGGCUCCCAUGUACUGUCCGAUGCCGGGACCACCGGUCGCUCCCGAAGUAGCCGUCGUAAUCUGCUGCUGUCCAGAGUAUCUCAAUGGAACUAAGCGGGAAGUGAAGAAAGCCAGCGUAUGUAAGAAAUGCAAAGGAUCGAGACUACCGCUAGCGCCGAUCGGCGGCACAAUGAGGCUUACUUCUGGGGCAACAUUCAUGGCACCGCCUGUCAGAAGCGGGGGUGGGACGGUGAAGCUGGCGUCUACAUACGGCAAGAAAUCAAGGCCUACUAUUCUCGGUAGUGCCGGUGAUCCGUACGAUUUCAUGAGGCGAUCCCGGCUCAGUCAACCCGAGCAAGCUAAAUCUGUGAAAAGUAGCAUAAAGGAGAAGCUAAGGGGACGCGCGAAGAGUACGAGUCCGACAAAAGGACGAAGUAGAACUGACAAACGGACCCCGUCGCCAACGGGGAGCAAAAGUAGCGCUAGCCGAAGUUUAAGUGCAAGUCGAAAUAAUAAUAGUAAUAGCAAGGGAUUCAAGGACUGCUGGGUAGAACCGGAAGAGAUUCUAGUUGACCCGGACGAAGGAGCCGGAAGACGUUCAAUCUUACGGUGUGAUAUUAAUCCGUACGAUUUGAUCUCGCUAAGUAGCGGAUUGAACAAUGAGUUCGCUCCAACUAACGGAAUAGAUGAGUACGAUCUAUCGGUUCAUUCACAAAAGUACGAAAAUUUGCUGGACACUUUGUACGCCAAUCGGUACAAUCCGGCCAUCAAUAACAUUGCGGCAAUAUCAGGCCAAAGAAUCAAACUGUUCGACGGAGAAACGGCUCCCUCCGUUUACGACGACGUGGAUGAGUACGUGUACGAUCCGGUUGAAGUUCAAGGGGUUACGGCAGUUCAGGAGACUCGCGUGGAAGUGAUUCCGGAACGGCCACCACGAACCAAACAUAAGCACGACUCAUCAAAGAUAGAGGAAGACCUCAAAUCCCUUCCCUCUCAGAUCUCGUCCGAAAUGACACAAAGUGCAAUAAAAUCGAUCCUGAAGCGACCGGCCUCGGUGACCAGUGUCCCCACGGACUUUCUCGAUAAGCCUAGCUUCGAUACGAUUAGGCUAAACCAAACACUGGUUCACCGGCUCACAAAACUUACCUCCGAUGAGGGAGUCUUUGCCAAAAGCAGCUCGGUAUGUGCCAGAAAUGUCAAAACGUCCUUCGGCAAAGAAAAAGACAAUAAACGCCUGUCCGGCUCGCAAUUUUAUCUUCCCAGCCCACUAACCGGCCCCGAUGGAUCCACUACAUCCGUGCUGGACCGCUCACGAAAGAAAGUACAUUUUUUAGUCGAAAAUGAAAUCAUCGAUGACGAUAAGUUCUUCGCCCAGCUUCUACUGUCAGAGACUAAUGGCCAUACCCCUGCCCUGCUGGAUGCUACUCAGCACUCCACGCCCAAACCGGCGGCAGCAACGACAAUGACGACUACGACAACGGUGACAAUAGUGGAAGUGACGACAGCCGACCUGGACGGGGAGGAGCUACUAGUACCACCACCACCACCACCACCGCCAGCAGCAGCAUCAGUAGAUCAUCAAAACAAUGAGUCUGUGAUUAUGAGCUUAGUCAAUCAUCGAGACAACCGACUGCCAGCAGAGUCGAGCGAUUCGGUGGUUCCUCAGCAACAGACUUUGGCGGUUGAAGAAGAGCAGGAAAAGGAGGAGGAGGAAUGUGACAACAAAUAUGGCAAACCGCAUCGGUUGUUGCCGGUAGCAGUUUGUUCCGAGCUGAGCCAACCAUCGAAGAAGGCGGUGGUUGCCGGCGGGAUUGAGAAAGCAAGCAAAAACAUCAACAGCAACGGUGUCAAUGGUGAUUGCGGGGAACACAAUGGAAAAGAACUCACCCCGUGGGGAAUCCGCCGACGUACCGGUCCAAUCCGGCGUAGCUUCAGCGAACGGACCUCUCCACCACGUGUCACCUCAUUCAAUGGCACCACCGAUUUGCAGACUCAACACCACCAGCCUAGUUUUUUCGACACAAUGGCUCUUCGCAGCAAACAACCACGAGCAGACUUUCGUAGGGCUUUCGAUGAGGAAACACUUUCCACAUCUUCCUUUUCCUCAUCCUCUGGUAGCUCAAGUGGAACCAUGUUGAACAACCGCAUGCGUCCUCGAGUUCCACCACCACCUCCUCCGCCUCCAGCCAGUUCAACGGGAUCCGCUUCGCCCGAUCAGCGAUCCAUCGCCAGCAACGAUACGAGUUCCGGUAUCAAAAAAUUCGAUAAUCAUUCAAAAGCUGACGAUAGUAACAUCUACGAAGAGUUUUGCUUCGAUUUAAGUUCCGGUUCGGAGCGCAGUAGCGGACGUAGCUCGACCGCUUCGCGAACUAUAGUACAAGUAUCGACCCCCGUUCAGACCACCUUCAGCAAGGAUGCCGUCCAUCGUCUGGAGAUUCGUCACGAAGACGAAGAUAGUAGCUACGAAUCUCUGGGGCAAAAGAAAACAUCCAUCCUGAUUACCGGAGAUGAUUGCUAUUCGACGGUGAACGUAGAUGACGAUGAGGAAACGCCUCGCUAUCAGUCGUCGGUUGUGGUUAACGACGUAGUCGCUCCUGCAGGGAUCCAUCAAACAUCAUCCAACACGGUGACCAUAAGCGUCAACUCACCAACGUCAACGCUGCAGCAUCCUCGGAAUAAGAGCAGUUCAACUUCCUCCAGCGUCGAUGAGAUGAUCUCCAAGAACAAUAUGAAGAAUAGCAUUCUAAACAGUUCGAAUUCCACCUCGAUCAUCCCGAUCGGAGGACCGACUUCCAUCACAGUCACCGCCGCUCCGGAGUUGUUUGAACCGACUAGUCCAACGAAGGCUACCGGAAAAACCUUCAUCAGUUUGGAUUUUGCUCAAAGCACACCAAGCCUUCCCGAUCAGCAGCUUCCGAUAAACUCAGUCAACAGUACGGACGAUGAUGCUGAAAAACAUCACCAGCAGUUAUCUAGCAACGACAAAAGUAGAGACCCGAUUUCGAUAGUUCCUAACGAAGCUAAUUCCAAAGAUUGUAGCGAUAGUAUUGAACAGCUGCUACGAAAUCCAGUUGAGGCGGUUCGGCGGAACCUGGUGCCGCAUUUUUGCGGUAAGCUACCUCCAAAAGAGCAUAACGGGGAUACGCCAGCUUCCAGUGAGACGAGUCCGACAGACGGAAUGGCAGUAAUCCGACGGCAAAAGACCGCCGAGGCCACCAGUGUGCAGGCGAAGAGGAACAGCUUCAUCGCAAAGUUACUGGAAGAUCCGAUGCUGGGGCAUUUAGCUGAAGGACUGGACUAUGAACUGGUAACAAAGUUAAUCGAGAAUUCACUGGUACGGUUGAAAGAUAGUCGCACUCAGCUGGAUAUGAGUGGAACCAAAGACGAGAAUGAUGUGUCGAAGAUGAUCGAGGAAGCGCUGACGAUGAUCAAGGAGGAGAGACAAAAGAUGGACGCUAAAAAGGUGGAAAAGGAUAGCAAUCGAAGCAGUAUCAGCUCAGGUAACAGCUACGGAUCGGCAGCGUACGAGCUGAUGGAGUUUGAUGGAACGGGUGACUUGAGCGAUUGCUACCAAAGUUGCUCGAGUGACCUGACUACUGAUGAAGAUACCACCUCUUCUCGGAGCAAGUUCUACCAAAUGCUGGUCGAUGCCACCUUGUCCGAAAUUGAGAUAACCACGGCGAAUGAGGACGAACAUCAUUACGAAUCGAUUCGAUUGAACAGCGAUCCCAUCUACGAAGAAAUCAGCGACAUUCCUCCUCCCUUGCCACUUACCGCCCCACCAAUCACGGAUGAUUUGGAUCGAGAAAAGCGCAAUGCACGAUCCAUUUUCGAAGGGGCUUCCAAAUACGACAUCCUAUCCUACCUGGUUGAUGCCAAAGAACGUGGAAUCGCUCAAGAGGAGGCUUACAGCUUCCAGUUCGGUAACGCCAGUGAUAUCAUUUUAGAAGAGGAAGAAGAUGAAAAUAUCACCGAGCUUCGGCAUCAUCAGCGGCAGAUCUCCGACAUCAGCAGCCGCCUGUCACACUUGUCCAACAUCAGUGACUCGAGUGAGGACACUUCUCUGCUCUCGUUGAGCCUUGCGCAGCGAAAAGCUUCCGAAAUCGAACGCAACGAUUCUGGCGUCGGAUCGGAAACUAGCAAAACGUCACGUAGCAAAUGGCAGAAUCCUGGUUCAACAUCCCUUCUGGACAAGAUCAGUCCUAUCCACCUAUGUGAAGACUGUGAUGGCCCGGUUGAAACUCAGAUAACCGAAUCCGGAGUUAUGUACGCCCCACUGGUCUGUCGAAAAUGUGGAAAGAAGCGAGCCGAGCGUAAGGAGAUCAUAACCGAGAUCGUCGAAACGGAAGAAAAGUACGGUCGUGAUCUGCAGAUCAUCUUGGAGGAAUUUUACCAACCGAUGCUGGUGGCCGGUCUGUUGAGCCAAGAUCAGCUCUCCGCAAUCUUUUUGAACGUGGAAGAAUUGCUGGAGAAUAACCAGUUUCUGGCGGAACGGAUGCGGGACGCACUGGAUAUUGCGACCGAGCAGGGCGACGAGGAUCUACUGACGGUUAACGUGGGGAAGAUCUUCCUGGAAGCGGCUCCGAUGCUGCAUGCGUUUGAAAGUUACUGCGUGCGGCAAGGUUCGGCCAGUCUACUGCUUGCUAAUCUGGAGAAAGAGAAGGAGCUGUUGAGGAUUUUUCUGCGAGUUUCGCAGAUGGAGAAUGCAGUACUGAGGAGGAUGAAUCUGAACUCAUUUCUUAUGGUACCCGUCCAACGUGUAACAAAAUACCCUCUACUGCUAGCUCGUCUGUUCAAGGUAACCCCCACCCAUCUGGAGGGGAAGGAUCAGCUAAAACAAGCGCAGGAGAAGAUUGAGCUUCACCUGAACCAUAUGAACCGAGAGGCGAAGGAUGUGCCGACCAAGUUGUGGCGUCGAAUAUCCUCAUCCACAACGACGGGUCGGCGACUGUCUUGCGAGUUGGACAUGAUUAAUAUCAAACUGCGAAAGAUGGCGAUCGAUGUGCUGGAAUGGAACACGGAGGAAGUGCGAUUUGCCAUUGAGGGGAGACUGCUGUUUACGCAGCCCAACGAUGGGAACUGGAAGAAAAGCCGAACCAUCAAGUUGACGUCGAUCAAUGCACUGCUGGUGACCAAUGGAAAGCCAAGUCCCAGCUACAAACCGGACCGAGCCCAAACGGAGCUACUAAAUUUUCCGCGUCACACGGGAAUACGGGAAGCGUCUCUGCUGCUAGUGCGGGAAAAGAACAGCCGCUACACACUUCUACGGGAGCCGCUCUAUCUGGACCGGUGCAUUGUGUGCACGGAGAACGACUGGGAGGACUACUUCGAGGUGCAGGAGAUUCUCUCGAAGGAGUCGUUUAUUUUUAAGGCGGAGGAUGGCGGCAAGACGAAGCAAUGGUACAGCCAGCUACAGUAUCACUCCCAGGGCAUGGGGACCUGGCGGAAGCGUCGGAAUGCACUGGCAAACAUCAUGAUUAAUGGAAUGAUGACACGAACGUAGUGACCGCGGAACCGAGCCAGGGCCUACCGGCUAAAUGGACGACAUUUUAUUACCUGUAUUUAUUAUAAUCUAUACAUUAGCUGCAGUCGACGAAGGAUACCUGCACAAGUUGGAAUUCGGUUAUCCGAAAUUUUUUGUUUUUUCCUUUUAAUCAAUCUCAACUGUAAAAUAAAAUGCAACUCGUGAAACGGGAUGCAAACACAACAAGUGUGUAGCAUAAACGUAGGCGAUUAAGUUCGGACAUCGAAUCGCAUAAAUGCACGAACAUAACGAUUAACGAAUAGAAGCAACGAUUGCAAGAUUUUAGCUAUUUCUAGAUCUUAGACGAUAAUUAGGAAGCUUCGAACGUAGUAAUAUUUAUUGAACAUUUGAACCCUUUCUCUUAAACCCCGCUCCGAUGUAUCCCAAAAUUAAGGGUUCGCGCGUGAUUACGGCAAGGCGGCCAGCGACCGAUUGUAGUGUGUAGUAUUUAAACAAAAUCUUUAUUUACCGUUUUAAUUUCAUUGUUUUCUGUCACUCGUAGAAAUAUUUUACUUAGCAUUUUGUGGUCGUAUUAUUCUGAACAAGAGUGUAGGGCUGAGCCGUUAGUGGAACGAUGCGCUGAAAUAUUGAAGUAUGAGGAGUGGUGAAUAUUCGAGAUGUAGAUUGGCUCGAGCCGGAUAUCCAAUUAGACGAAAAUACACGAGAAUUAAUAAACAUUA